AUGAGGGCAGGCCGCGCCGGCGCCGGCGGAGGCUCCGGCGCACGCGCACACCGACGGCCGUCCCUUUCCGCGGUCAUGGCGCGCCGCCCGAGCGAGCGGGACCGCGACACCUCAUUAUCACAGCGCCGACUCGUGAACACCAAUAGACCGAGGAGUAGGGACAAAAUAUUCGACCUUCACUUUACGCGCACCCACACGGGCGCGCAGGCGCCUCGCCACGAGCGCACACAUGCGCACCUCGCGAAUUGCUCGCCGCCGUCGCUCCGCGCCGUUGUGCUACUUUUGACAAUUUUUCCAGAAAAC